AUGGGAUACCCUUCCUCCCCCAUCUCGAGUGUUGGCUCAAGCGAAAGUGGUUCUCGCAUGAGCAUUGAUUUCCUUCUCAACGAAGAAUACCCCAACGAACUCUCCUCAAAGCAAGAGCCCCUCGGAGAAGAAUACUUCAAAAAACAAUAUCUCCAGGAAAGAUACUGUCGGGACCUCAGCAGGGAAGAAUACCUCAAGCAAGAACACCUCAAGGGGGAGUCCCCCAGCGAAAAAGCCCCCAACGGAAAAUCUCCUCAUGCGAGGACAUCCAAAAGUCCGCCACGGGAGAAAUACACAGAGGAGAAAAUGUUCUUUGUCUGGUACCAUCGCGUCGAUCUCGACAUGCCGUGGGACGAAGUCACCAACGCUUACAACCGCUUCUUUCCCGAGGACAGAAGGAAGGGCGGUCUCCAAUGUCGCUUUUACCGUGCUCUGGACCAAUACAACGUCAAGAAGGUCCGUCAACAAGCCCGCUUUGGCCGUAUUCGAGGCGGCCUGAUUGAGAAGUUCGGUGUUCUGGAUUGCACCGACCGUAGAUUCACCUGGAUGCUGCCAGAACACCUGGUGGACCCCGGCCGCCCCGUCAUCCGGACACAUCACAGCAGAUCGAGCUGCCGGGAAUGA